CUGUGUUUCUUUGAAGGGAAGAUCGAGAAGUACCCGUGAAGUGAUCGAGGCUUGGGAGUGAAAAAAGGCGAGGCUUUGACUGCUGCUUCCACAACCAAAGUUCAUCCCGGGCUUUACCCAUUUGAGAGAUUGAGCGAUCCGAAUCAUAGACAUUGAUUGCCUUGCGCAAAUUUCCCUCAAGCGCUGCAUCUUCCUGGUACAGCAAUCAACACCGCAAGCAAUUCUAACAAUUUGCGAUGGCGGAGAAGUCGCAAAGGCGGCCCGUGCAGCAUGAGAAAAGUCCGGCAAGCUUUAUGUGGGGUCUGAUUAGAAUAUUGGAUUUUCGUUCCUCUAGGAAGCUGCUAACAGAUCCAAGGAGGCAAAAUCGCCUCGUUGCUGGUGCUGCAAACCCAAGAAAUAAACUUGAAUUGUUAAAAAGUUGCGAUGAAGUUCUUAAAGGCAUACUGGAUCGUGAAGAAGGAAUGGAAAUGAUUAGUGAAGAUGGAAAGACUAGCGUGAAAACACUCAUAGAAAAAGAAAUGGUCAUCGAGGAAGUGAAGACGGGAGCGAGCAAAACUGGAAUUGAGCACAAAAGAUCUAGUUUAGUACAGGAGAGUCAAAGGAAAAAGAACCGUAAAAGAAGUAAGAGAAGUUCGAAGAAAAGCUGCGAUUUGGACGGGGAUAAUUUUGGGCCCACGGAAGGCUCAGAACUCGAGUGCUCCUGUGCUCAGAACACAUAUCAACUGCUAGCAGCCAAUCACAAUGAAAAUGAAAUAGUGGAGGAUCUCUGCCGGCAAAUUAAUCGAAAAAGUAGUGGUUGCAAAAAGUGUGAUCCCUAUGGUCAAGUUAGUGCGCAGCUAAAUCCAAAGCAUUCAGACACCGAGGAAAAACUGUUUGAACUGAUAAACGAGUUUCUCAAUAAACAGCUGUCUUCGGGCGAGGAAGAUGUCAAAGGGUAUGGAAAUAUUCAGCGCUCCACAGAUGUGAAGAUGCUCCAAUUUCUGACUUCAGCCGAGUUUUCUCUUUUAGAUCUUAUACGAGAUCCUAACAAAACAGUAAUGCAGUAUAUUCAGAGCUUGCAAGAUUCUCAUCUGGAGACACUCGAGGAAUUAAACUUAUCAGGAGAGGAAGAUGCAUUGAGGCAGUACGAAGACUCUCUUCAUCGUGGACAACUCAACAAGUUCGGAAGAAGAGCCGAGUCUCAGGAAGAGGAGUCUUUGAAUUGGAUUGAGAAAUCUCCAGUUUCUAACCGGAUUGUUAUCUUGAAGCCUGGGAUGCCAGAUCCACUGCAGCUUGAGAGGGGGUGCAAACCAUGCUCAUCACCUCAAAUCCUGUACACCACUAAGAGGAAGAGCACAAGAGCAAGUGCCCACUAUUUCAUUAGUGAUAUUAAGAGAAAGUUGAAGAAUAUGGUUGUGAAGGAGCAUCCGGGAAGUACUGUAGAUGGUCCUAAGAAACAGCACCGAAAGGGGCAGCAAAUCUUAGGAAGUGCCGGGGAAAAUGUAGGAAAAUGUUCUGCAAGUAAACCAGGAGGUAUUCAAGUGAGCACUAAAAGUGAAGCCGCUGACAAUCACGAGCGUAGGUUAUCAAACAUUUACGUCGAGGCCAAGAAGCAUCUCUUCGAGAUGCUCAACCGUGGGGAUGCAGAUGCAGUUCCUUUGAGCAGACAGUAUCCAGAAACCCUAGGGAGGAUUCUCUCCAAUCCCGAGUUAAACUGUUUUCCGACUGUAAGUCCUCGAAGGGAUUCAAAGCAUGGCAUCCUAAACCAUCCGCACAGUUCGACCCGGAGAACUAUAGAGUCAUGCAUUCCCAAGAGUUUCACUAGAAGUGUUCAAACUCUGGAGACUGACCUAAAUAUCUCAGAGAUGGUUCUUUCAAGUGAUAAAGUAGAAACCACUGAUGCCGCUGCUAGAGAGGAGAUGAUUUCCGAAGAUAUUUGUGGAGCUACUAGACUGGCAAUCCAGGGAGACCGCCACAUCUUUGGUCCUCCUUCAGAACCAGUCAAAUCACUCGGCGUGUCAGUUGAGUCUAUACCCGAAGAUGAAUGUUCCAAACCCAUGAAAAAGAAAUCUUAUGGCAUGGAGCAGCAGCCACUUUCUUUGUUUUCGUCUCCUCCGAGUGCUUUAACUAUAGAAAAAGUUGAAGAUCUGGAACUUGUCAUUGAUAGAUCGGACCGACCUAGUCCCGUAUCUGUUCUGGAGCCACUGUUCACAGAGGAUGACAUUAGUCCUUCAAGUCCUGCUCCUGUUGAGCUACAAUCUCUACAAGUUGAAUUUGAAGAUGACUUUUCAACCACAGAUGAGGCGAUCUAUUUAAGAAACUUUGAGGUGGAAAAGGAAUUAGUUCUCGAAUAUGUAAAGAAAGUACUGGAGGCCUCUAACCUGAACUGUGAUGAUCUCUACUUGAAGUCGCAAUCUUCAGACCAGUUAAUUGAACUGUCAGUCUUGGAUAAGGUUGAUUUCUUUGGUGACCACCUACAUUAUGAUCAGAAGCUUCUCUUCGAUUGCAUCAAUGAGGUUCUCUUGGACGUUUUUGAGUACUACAACAUCUGCUACCCCUGCUUGUCUUUUGUGAAGCGGAGAAUUAGGUCGAUCCCAAACAUGAAAUAUGCCGUCCUCGAAGUAUGCAGAGGAGUUCAUUGGCAUCUCCUCCCUCUUCCUCUGCCGCGAUCUUUGGAACAGAUCGUCCGAAAGGACAUGAGUAGAGCGGGAGCUUGGAUGGACCUGCGCUUCGACGUGGAAAAUAUUGGCGUCGAAAUGAGUGAAGCUAUUAUUGCAGAAUUGAUGGACGAGAUCAUGUCGAGCCGUGUGAAUGAGAGAGUUCAGAGAGCAAAUGCCCUCCAAUCGGUUUUGCUGGGUCAUAUGAAAAUGGAAGCAUAAGCAUGAUCACUUGCUCAUAACAAAUAUGAUCAGAUGGUGUUCUUCUGUUGUGUCCCUUCACAGAAAGAAGCCUGACCAGUUGCGAUGGCGACUGCAUUCCUGCUAAUGCGACAUUUGGUCAAGCUCCUACCUUACCGAUCCCUGCACAUGAGGCAUUUACGGUGUUAUUUGAGGCUAAGAGGGUAUUCGUCUGUUGCAGCUUGUCCAUAUGACUCUUUUGUUUUUCGCUGUUAGUUUACCCGCGCCUUUUCUGUUGUACUAUGGUCAAUCUGGAGUCACGCAGAUUUAGACCCUGUCGUUGUAAAUAUCAAAGGAAACAGCGGGAGUUGCCAAUAACAAAUGCUAGUUGCAAGUUGUUAUCUUUAUGCU